AUGACAGGACAAACAAUGAAAUUGAAUAGCUAUUCAUCCAAUGAUGGUGAUGAUGAAGGGAGUAGAGGUCCUCCUCGUCAGGAUGAUUCCUCUCAACCAACCAACAAAUCCAUGACGCCGCAGCAACAGCAACAACAAUUUACCUCUCGAUAUUCUUUUUGGUUUUUUUCAAUCAUCAUCAUGAUCGUAUCGGCAUACAUUUAUCACUUUGAUGGCAUUCCAAUUGUUCAAACGAUUGCUGAAGACUAUUUUUCCAAGUGGUUCAUAACCACCACAUGGAAACACCACUCUCAUGCCACACCAAAUCUCCGAAAAAAUUAUUGGCAACAACAACAUAAAAGAGGUCCAACAAACAUUCAAAGAGAGCAAUCCAUUCAUCAUGAAACUAUCGUCAACUUGACUCCAAGUCACUCCUCUCACACAAAUUCUCAUCAAGAUGUCAAAUUUUAUCACUACAAUUGUACCAGUGACCAUUCGGUUCAGAGUCUUCCUGGAUAUGGUCCAGUCAAUAAGGAUGAUCCAUCAUUAUACUCUUAUGCAGGUCACAUUUCUAUUCAUCGAGAAGAUACCAAUAAGGAUCGAAAAGGAGCAUUGUUUUAUUGGUUUUUUGGAAGGAAGAGUGAAGAAAGACCAAUUUUACUUUGGUUACAAGGUGGACCUUCAGCAUCUUCCAUGAUUGGUGCUUUUGAAGAAUAUAUUUCACCAUUUUACAUUCAAAACUUGACUGAAAAUCAUGGAACAUUAACUCUUCACUACAACAAUCAAUCAUGGAUUUCUUAUUGUGACUUGUUAUUUGUUGACCAACCUGUUGGAACUGGAUUUGGAUAUGCAGAAAGUGAGAAGGAUUAUGCCACGACACGUCAUCAAGUAUCCAAUGAUCUCUAUAGUGUCUUGUUAAAUUUCUUUGACAAGUAUCCACAAUUUAGAGAACGACCUUUAAUAUUUUCAGGAGAGAGCUAUGCAGGAAAAUAUCUUCCUUCAUUGGGAGAACGAGUUUAUUUGAUUCAGAGUCAUCAUCGAAUUGCUGAUACUCCUUCUCAACAGUUACCAUAUCCUCAAAUUCAACAUUAUAAUAUUCACAAGAGACUUUUAGGAAUCAUUAUUGGUGAUGGAUUUACUGCACCCAUUGUACAGAGAGUGUUAAAAGCAGAUCAAGCAUAUUGGAGUGGAUUAUUAGGAUAUCAACAACGACAACAAUUGAAAACUCUUCAAAGAGAAUGUAUUAGACAUAUUCAAACUGGAAAUACUGUAGAGAGUGGAUCAGCAUGUGAAGAUGUGAAAUCCUAUCUCUUAAUUGCGAGUGGUGUCAUUAAUAUUUAUGAUAUCAGAACUUUUGCUCCAUCCACAGAUAAAAUUCGUUUAGAAGCGUAUUUGAAUCAAUUAGAAGUGAAAAAAGCAAUUCAUAUUUUAGAUCGUGAUGAAAUAUGGGCAAACAAACCACAAGAUAUUCAUUUUGUACCAUCAAAAUUGAAUCCAGUCUAUGACAAACUUCGUGCAGAUAUAUUUGUGGAUUUGAGAGAUUUAAUUCCACUCCUCACUGAAAAAACAAAAGUUUUAUUGUAUGGCGGAAAUUUUGAUUUACAAGAUGGACCUCAACCCAUUGAGAGAUUUUUAUUGACCAUGAGUGAAUAUUAUCCUAUCAUGCACAAAUGGAAAGAAGCUCCAAGAAAUUUAUUGUUUGUGAACAACAAGGUAGCAGGAUAUGAAAAAUCAUUUGGUAAUUUUUCAUUUGUGACUAUAUUUGGAAAUGGUCAUUUUGUUCAUAAUCAAAGAGAAUCCAUGAGAGAAUUAUUGAGAAGAUUCAUUGAACAAACAAAAUCGACGCAUCUCUCGUUUUGUUCCAAGGAUGAGUCCAUUCCUGUUCGAUUUAAAACAUUAACACCCUCAACGUUUCUCAAAUAUCUCUAUGACAACAAAACCAACGAUCACAGAAUUCCAUGUCAGAGUCAACAAUUAAUUUGUGAAACUAUUUUGAAAAAUUGUAAUGGACAUGGAGUAUGUAAUCACGGAUAUUGCACUUGCAAUACGGGAUAUAUCGGAGAGACAUGUGAAAAUACUGUGAAAACUAUUCCAGUUGGAUAUGAAACAGAUCCGAAUGAUCCAAUUGUUUUGAAACAGCAAGAAAUUUAUUAUGGAGGAAUUCAUUUACAAAAUUUGAUGGCCAUUACCACCAUUCAAGUCGAUUGGAGGCCAAAAUUGAUGAAUCGUGAAGGUCGACCAUUGAAUCCAUUUGAUUACAAAUACGAUACAGUUUCCAAACCAACCUCAAAGCUUUGUCUUUUUACCAAACGUGGUAGCAUUCCAACCAUUGAUAACUAUGAUAAGGUACAUUGCAAAGAAAGUCAUUUUGAUGGUCCUCUUCUUGUGGUAUCGAAUAGUACAGCUUCAGAAGAAAAGAAGGGAAAACUUUAUUUUGGAUUAUUUAAUACCAUGCAUUACGAGGUGGAGUGUGAAUUGAGAGUGUUGACAUGGAAUCAAGAGUAUUCCAUAUUUCUGUUAGAUGAAACUGCUGCCAACUUGAGUAAGGAAAGAGAUUUUAUGAUUGGUCUGUCUGCUCUUUUGAUUUUAAUCCUUCUAGCCUUGGUUUUUCAAUGA